UCUUGCUGAUAUCGAAGAUCAAGUUAUCUUUGCCAUUUGUCAGGAGUACGUCCCCCUUGGGGAUCAGCAGUUCACCCUCCACACAGGGGACGAAGUUGCCAUCAUCCCACCUCUUAGUGGAGGUUAGCUCUAGAAAGAUACUCACAGAGAAAUCAUGAAUGAAACUGAGGAUGAACCCAAGGACGUGAUUCAAUUGAAAUCUGAGAAGCUCUCAUUAGAUGAAGUAGCAGCACUGGUCAUUUCUCCCUGCUGUGGAGCUGUAUCUUUCUUUGUAGGCACUACAAGAAAUAACUUUGAAGGGAAAAAAGUCGUACAGUUAGAAUAUGAAGCCUACACAACAAUGGCAGAAGCUGAAGCGAAGAAAAUAUGCAAAGAUAUUAGAUUAAAAUGGCCUUCCGUGAAGCAUAUAGCAAUACAUCAUCGACUUGGUUUGGUUCCCAUUAGUGAAGCCAGCGUGAUUGUAGCCAUCUCUUCCCCUCACCGAGCAGAGUCUCUCGCUGCCUUGCAAUAUUGCAUCAAUACUUUAAAAGCGACUGUCCCCAUAUGGAAAAAGGAGGUGUAUGAAGAAGACUCUUCUUGGAAAGAAAACAAGGAGUGCUUUUGGAUCAAGGGAGAAAAAUAAAAUAUUAAUGUGCCAAAAGAGAAGGCAGAAGAGAAGCUGCUUCAGUGUGUUCAACUGAACUGGGAAAUGAAGUUCAGUUUUUGGUUGAUCAUUUUUAGAGAUACAGGAAGUAUUUGUAACUGUUUAAAAUAUAUACUGUAUUUAUAUUUCUUUCUCUGUGUUAAUAAGCCUUAAUCCUUAAAGCCAGAACAUUUCAAAAAUUGAAUUGUAUUCCAAAAUUGAACUUGUACAAAUUAUAAUUCUCCAAUUUUGAAAUGGAAUGAGAUAAUGAAGUCACUCAUCCCAUUGAUUUAGUAAUAUUGUUGCUUUCACAGGCUUCUUUGUAAUCAUUGUCUGUUUAUUUUUAAGAUCAAAUUGGUAUUUUGAAUCUCUCUUAACUUCUGUGGAGUAGCUGAAGCAUUGUGAGAACCACAGUAGCACAAAAAAUGUAACCCUCACUUACUUUUGCUCCCUAUUAUAAAUUUAGGUGACUUGCCCAGUCAUCAUAAAAUUGAGGUGAUGGCCAGAAUGUUCUCACUAAUACUAUUAAAAAUAUGGGAACAAGAUUAAAGUAUUUAGGUAUGCAAUGUAUUAUAGGAAGUGGUUCAAAAUUUACAACCAUUUGACUUAGACCCAUUCAUUUAUCAACCGUUCAAGGUCACAGUGGCACUGAAAAAAGUGAUUUGCAAAGAGUCACUUGUCCCAUGAUUGUCAUGUGACCAAAAUCCUGGCACUUGGAAACCAACAUGUAUUUAUGACAGUUGCUGUAUCCUGGGGUCAUGUGAUCACCAUUUGUGACCUUCCCGGCCAGCUACCGACAAGAGGGGGGAAAUUUGGACUCACCUAAUGACUGCAUGAUUCAUUUAACUGCAGUGAUUUGCUUAACGACCAUGGCAAAAAAGGUCAUAAAAUCGGGCACAACUUAACAGGUACAUUGCUUAGCAGUGGAAAUUUAGAUUCCCCAUUGUGAUUAUAAGUCAAGGGCUUGUACAUUCAUGUGCUCUCAUGAACCAAAACUAGGCAAGAGAAUGUGCAUUGUAUAUUCUACACCAGGGGUCUUCAAACUUGACAGCUUUAAGACUUGUGGACUUCAACUCCCAGAAUUCCUCCUCCAGUCAUGUUAGCUCAGGAAUUCUGGGAGUUGAAGUCCACAAGUCUUAAAGCUGUCAAGUUUGAAGACCCUUGUUCUACACUAACAUACACUUAGUUGCUGUUUUGGCACCUUUGAGUCCAUGAUGACUUCUGGUGACUGCCUGGAUAGGUCCCUGCAGUUUUAGAAGAUUUCAGAAGUGAUUUUGCUAUUGCCUCCUUCCAAGGGGUGAGAGAAAAUGACUGGCUCAAGGUCACCCUGUUGGCUUUGUGCUAAGGCAGAACUAGAACUCAUAGUAGCCCAGUUCCUAACUUAAUGCCUUAACCAUUACACCAGUCUGGCUUUCUUAGCAGAAAACUUUGCAUUAGGAAAAUAUAAAUGACCAGCAACAACAAACUUUUGAAGGCGUAUUUUUAUAAAUGCUGCUCAUUUCCAUAUAAAUAAAUAUAAAUUCAAUAUAAAUUUCCAUAUAAAUUCAAAUUUUUGGACCAAAUAAUUUGAAGGGAAAAAUGUAAUAGAUGCUCUGAAGUUCCCUGAUCUUUUUGCAUCUCCUAAAGUGCAUGACUGACAAAAUGAAAAGAAACAAAACACAUAGGUAGAUGAUCUAACAAUAUACUUCCGUCUGCAUUAGGUAGGUUUCCAAACAAUAAUAUUCAGCAAUGAGUGGGAUGGUUUCAAAAUUUAUUUAAUAGGAUUCACCUGUCUUUAGAACACGAGCUUCAGUAUAUUCAUUUGUUUUGGUACGAAGUGCAAAACACACAUAAAGGCUUUGUCUGUACAAUACCCCUAUUUAAAUGAAUUGCUAUUUUUUAACGAAAAUAAAAAAUACAGAAAAGUA